AUUGUUUAUGUUGCCAUGCCAGCAGUCUUGUCCUCUUGCUCUUUGUUCUCUCUCUACAGGCUCAUCAAGUUCAUGUUCAAGCUUAUAGUGUUGUCAACAAAGCUGUAAAGUCUGUAUAGCAGUUAGCAUGCUUUCAGGAUGCUUUUAAAGCAUAAGAGCAAUGAAGAUGGUGUUUUUAACAUUGGAUUUGUUAGGUUUAACAUGUUGGAUGUGGCUAGAACAACAUGUUUAUUAUAGUCUAAACACCAUGUUGACAUCAUUUAUGUAACUGAGGGAAGCCAAACAUCUGAAGCUAUACAAAGACUAUAGGAUGCCUCAGCUAGGAAGCCUGUUUACCCAGUUUCAUCUCAGCUCCAAAGCUACAGAAAGUGCCCCAGGCCAGAGCCCACAACACACACCAACACUACCUGACUUUACACAACAUGUCAGGAAACUCACCCGGAUGAGAAAGGAAGAUGUUUACUGCAAUCUGCGUAUCCCCGACCAGUUCCAGACCGCCAAAGAUGACAUCAACAUUGUCGUCCUCACAGGUCAGGGGAUCUUCUGCAUAGACGUAAAACCGUGGAGAGGCACCGUGUCCGCUCACAACCAGAACUGGCAUGUGCAAGUGAAAGAAGAGGACCAAAACUUUACCAAUACCUGCAUAGAGCAGGUUGAAGAUCCCCUCAAAGCUAUCACGACCAAGACCGCUAACUUUUGUGGCCAUUUGAGGAGGAGCGGAGUGUCUGUGCCCCAAAGCCUCUUCUUCCCCAGGGUCAUCUUCCUCUCUCCAGACUGCGAGCUGGAUGAGGAACUGAGGAAGAGGAGGGAGCUGGUCUCCCACAGCCAGAUAGACGACUUCCUCAGGUCUUUCAGAGAGGGCUACGUGGCCUGGAUGUCAGACGCACUGACUCCAUCCUGGCUCACUGGUCAUCUGUCGUACAGACAGAUGGAGUCAGUGCGGGAGGUCCUGAGGCGGGUGGGCACGUGGGAUCUGGUGCGGCUGCACUGCGGCGAGCAGCUGAAAGGAGACUUCCAGGGCUGCCAGUACAUCGCUCUCAACCGACAGGAGACGGACACGCUCGAGUUCUCCAGAGUCAAGACCCUGUCGGCUGAUUCGCUGUGGGCCCUGCUGGGACACGCUCCUCAGGUAACAGUUAAAAUGUACAAGCGUGGAUCUCAAAGCUGGCUGGGUAAAUCCCUGAACGCCACCGCCACCAUCCCCUCCAACACCUGUGUGAUCUUCAGGAUCAGCGGGGAGGAAGCGGACGCCAAAAUCCCAGCAAACACCAUUCACAGCAUCACGCUCAGCAACUGACAGCAGAGGAAGCAUUCUUAACUACAAGUAUGCAGAUGCAAACAAAACAAAAACUCACCUAAUCCCGUUUUUACUGAGUGCCUUUCACUAUGCAGUGGUUGUACUUUGUUAUAUUGUACUAAAAAACACAAGUUCUGAAUGUCUUUAAAGCCUCUGAACACCCACACAGGUGUUUCCAGUUAUUCUGGCUGAUUAGACCUCAGGUUGAAGGUGGGCAGAGAGAAGAUGUCACUCAUUAGUUUAUACACGCCCACACAGUCCUGAGAAGAGGUCUAAUUAGUCAGAUUAACUGAAAACACCUCUGUGGAUGUUCAGAGGCUGCAUUUAUUGUAAAAAAAGGAAAAGAAAAAGGCCAAUAUCCUUGAUUCUGCGAACCUCAGUGGCAAUAUUAUGUUAAUGAAGUUGGUUUCAGACAAUUAGCCUGAUUAACUUUCUCUUGUUUUGAAUUUCUAGGGCUGGCCCACACUUUACACUUGCCAUUAAUUAAUCAUUACACCAGCUGAUUGUGUCACAUCAGUUCAGGGCUUGAAGUGUUUAAUGUGUUAAUUGUGGCGGUUAAAAGCCGGUGGCCUCCAGUAUAGACGCGACGACGGGCCAAGCAUGCUGCUGCCUCUGCGGGGUUUAAUGGGCAGCAGUGAUUUACGGUCUGUUUAGACGGUGUAACUGUAAGGUGCUUUAUUAAUAUGCUCCACCGCACCAAGGAGACGAUAACAUAUUCAAGAGCGCACAGGCGCAGCCACCCCGCACCAUUCAUAACUGUGUCUGAGUCACUUUCCAUCAGUUACCGAGCUCGCACAGCUGCGCUAACAGCUAGCAAUUGUAUUUACUGUGCCUGGCAGCGGCUGAAAUGAAGUUAUUUCCAUCAAGAUAUCAGUGCCUUUAGCUAAUGCAAUAGAAGGAGCUCUCUGUGUGUCGAUGGUAUCUCUUUGCAUGGCAUCUCUCUACCUGAAACAUCAUUACACUGUACUCAAGCUCCUCACAAAUGUCUGUUUUACUGUUUUACCUGAGGGACAGAUUGUACAAACAGCAGCCGUGUUGUUUGCAUUUGUACGUGCACAUUUUUUAGACUCAGAUCUUGGUGAAAACAUGAAUUUAUAAGUGUUCGGAUGAAUUUAUUGUCUUUGCAUAGUUAAACUCAGAGUCAGUGUCCUCAGGAACUGUUUUCUUCACAGCACUUGACAAACAAUAUAGAGAGGCGAUGUCCCGGCCCUUCCUGUGGACGCCACGGGGCCUUAUUUUGGAAAAAAUAUGAACUUUUUUUUUAUACCAUUGACCUGCGCCAUGACUCACACAUAUGAUGUUUGUCAAUUAAAAAAAAAAUUGCUAGUGAUGGCGAGAUGAAGCUUCAUGAAGCACUGAAGCUCUCCAGCAAAUUGGUUCGCAAAAGGGUUUCAUCUCAUGAGGCUUCAUCUGGGCUUCAUGUGCAUACGAAACCACCUAUCGGUCAAAGAGUGUGAAACAGGCAGAUAUAUUCUAGAUAUGUGGCUGUGGUUUAACCAGGCAGAGGGCAGUGAAUGUGCUUGUGUAACUAUAGGAAAAUGAUAGAUGGGAGACAUUCGGGCGUCUUUAAUGACGUCAUUGUUCUUAGACGAUACAAACCUUGAUAUGCGCUUCACAGAAAACUUCCUGGAUUACUCGCCAUACGCUCCGUAGCCUCGGCCCAACACGUAACAUCACUACAAGUCAAGAAAGUCUUUAUCAUAUUAUAAUUUAGUUUAGUGUGAAACCGUUCAAUGAACUACAUAUUACACAAUAUACGCACAACAUACGUCACCAACACUAGCUGGCUAACUAACUUAGCUAUGUUCCACGCACAGAUGUAACAUUAUCUGACCUGAUGUGUUUCAUCCAGCGACUCCUGGUCUUUUUAUCAGCCGGAAAGAGAAAGAACGAGCAAGAUCUGUUGCUGGUCCGAGCACAACCCAGUACGAAACACAUAAUAAUCGUAGCUUCAGCGAGAGAGACGUCACUUACGCAACUUUUGGAUGUGUAGUCUUUCUAAUUACGUGUUUUCACAGUCUUAUACGUCAAUAGUUUUACAACAAUUAAUUGACAAACAUCAUAUUGUGUUUUCCGAAUUAAGGUCCUAUGGGGGUCUACUGGAAGGGGCGGGACUUCAAUAUUAGAUGGGACAAUAUUAGAUGAUGGGAUGCAAAGGAUUUAGACAUGUAAUUCUGAGUGGUGGGUGCAUGCAGGUUAAUAUGAAUGAUUUUCUCUUUUUUUUAAAAAACAAACUUCAAGCACUUUCAGUAGCAAUCCAACUUGAUUGUAAGCUCUUAAGUUGACAGUUGUUUUAUUCAUUGGUGUGUGUUUUUUCAAGUCAUGGUAUCCUCGAGUGUUUUUACGUUUACAUGUAUUUGUACUAUCUGGUGUCAUAAUAAAAAAAAAAGAUUUGAUGCUUCUUA